GCUCCGAUUUGCCAACGCGGACCAAUGCGAGCUAAGAGCUCGCUCGUCUUUUUACCAAUCGCAAUGUGCCACACCGACACAUGGUGUGUCUGCGAAGCGAAGUUUCAGAGUGGCGGAAGAAAGAUUACGAUUUUAGACCUUUGUUGAUUUAAGAAAAGGUUGUAGUACACUUACGUGUAUUCUAAAUGGUAUACAGCUGAGAAUCGUUCUCGAGUAACGUGUCAUCAAAACGUUGAUGCAGGAUGGAGUUUUCGCAGAGAAGUGUGUCGAUGGCGUCGUUAGCUUUAUUCAUCAUCGCUUCUUUCGUCGGUAUUAGCGAAGAAGUUGCUGUUAUGAGCAUCGACCUUGGUAGUGAAUGGAUGAAGGUCGCUAUUGUUUCGCCUGGUGUUCCUAUGGAAAUAGCUUUAAAUAAGGAAUCGAAGAGGAAAACACCAGUUGCGAUUGCGUUCAGAGAUGGAGAAAGAUCUUUUGGCGAAGAUGCUCAAGUGGUAGGAGUGAGAUUUCCCCAGAACACAUUCUCCUAUAUUCUAGAUCUUAUAGGAAAGCCUAUAGACAAUCCACUAGUACAACUUUAUCUGAAAAGAUUUCCUUAUUACAAUAUUGUUGCUGAUGAUCAGAGGAAAACUAUCGCGUUUAAGUUAAAUGAAAAUACUACAUAUACUCCAGAAGAAUUACUUGCACAAAUACUGCACAAGGGUAAAGAGAUUGCGGAAACCUCAGCCCAGCAAAAGAUAAACGAGGCAGUUAUCACUGUACCAGGAUUCUUUAAUCAAGCCGAAAGAAAAGCCUUGAUUCAAGCAGCAGAACUUGCUGGAUUGAAAGUGUUACAACUCAUAAAUGAUUAUACAGCGGUUGCUUUGAACUACGGUGUAUUUGGCAGAACUGAAAUAAAUGAUUCUGCACAUUACAUCAUGUUUUAUGAUAUGGGAGCUAGUAGCAGUACCGCAACAAUUGUUAGCUAUCAGAACAUGAAAACAAAAGAAAGGGGUUUUGUCGAAACGAAUCCUCACGUUAAUGUUUUGGGAGUAGGAUAUGAUCGUACACUUGGUGGACUAGAAAUGCAAAUUAGAUUGCGUAAUUAUCUAGCAAAAGAAUUUGAUGCGCUAAAAAAAACACCAAAUUCGGUGUUUACGAGCCCGAGAGCGAUGGCAAAGCUCUUUAAAGAAGCCGGACGCGUCAAAACUGUACUCAGCGCCAAUGCAGAUCAUUUUGCCCAAAUAGAAGGCUUAAUAGAUGACAUUGAUUUCAAAUUUCAAGUCACAAGAGACAAAUUGGAGGAGAUAUGUGCAGAUUUAUUUGAACGUAUAACAAAUCCUGUGAAGCUUGCUUUAGAAACUUCAGCUUUGACAAUGGAUGUUAUAUCGCAUGUUGUACUGGUAGGAGCAGGUACUCGUAUGCCAAAAGUACAAGAGACAUUGUCCCAAUAUGUUAAAACAGAAUUAUCAAAGAAUGUAAAUACAGAUGAAGCAGCUGCUUUAGGAGCUGCAUACAAAGCAGCUGAUCUAAGUCAGGGUUUUAAAGUCAAGAAAUUUAUCACAAAAGAUGCUAUAUUGUUUCCAAUUCAAAUCACUUUUGAUAGAUAUACCGAUAACAAAGUUAGACAGGUGAAAAAGACAUUAUUUGGAAAAAUGAAUCCCUUUCCACAAAAGAAAAUUAUUACAUUUAAUAAGCAUACACAAGAUUUUGAUUUUCAUGUAAAUUAUGCUGAAUUAGAUUAUUUACCUCCCAUAGAGGUAAUGUAUAUUGGAGAGCCAAAAAUAUCCACUAUAUUAUUGAAUGGUGUAACUGAAGCUUUAGAAAAGCAUGCUAAGGAAGGAGCUGAAAGUAAAGGAAUCAAAGUGCAUUUUAAUAUGGACGAUAGUGGCAUACUGAAUUUAUUGAAUGUGGAAUUAGUGUCGGAAAAGUUGAGCACUGUUGUUGACGAAGAAGAGGGUACUUUCUCAAUACUUGGCUCAACUAUUAGUAAAUUUUUUGCAGGUUCUCCUGAGCAAGAACCAUCAGAAAAAACGGAGGAAGCACCGAAAGAGGAUGUAAAACCGGUACAUGAAGAACCAGAAUCUCCAGAGCCUUCAAAGGACACAGAGGAGAAGGAAAAAAAGAAAAAUGAGACGAAAAUGGACGAAGAUAAAGCUCCAAAUAAGACUGAGAAGGCUAAUAAAGAAAAAAAAUCUACCAUUAUUCAAAUCAAAGAACCUAUCAGUUCAAACGAGAUUAAACUAGGAUCACAAAUCUUGUCCGGCAAAAAACUCGCGGAAGUUCGAGAAAAAAUACAUCAGUUGAACGUGUAUGAUUCCGAAAAAGUGCGUCGAGAGACUGCAUUAAAUAAUCUCGAAUCGUAUGUAAUUGACGCGCAGCAGAAGCUCGAUUCCGAAGAGUAUUCGGUUGCAGCUACUAACAAAGAAGUCGAAGAAAUCCAAAAAGCUUGUGCCGAGAUCUCCGAGUGGUUAUAUGAAGAUGGAUUUACUGCGACCGCAGAAGUAUACGAGGAAAAGUUAAUGAAAUUGCAAAAAUUAACCAACGACGUCUAUGAGAAAGUUUCUGAGCACCGAGACCGUCCGGAAGUUCUGAAAGGAAUGAUUUCAUUACUCAAUGGCAGUAAAACAUUCUUAGAGAAUAUGCGUAACUUGAGUUCAACGACUGAGAUUAUUACGCCCGUUGAAGUCGAGACGUUAGAAAGAGCGAUUAAUGAGACGCAGGAUUAUUAUGAAACAAUUUCAAAAUAUUUCGCAAAAGCUUCAUUAAACGAACCAGUGAAAUAUAAAGUUCGCCAUAUUAUAAAUAAAAUGGAUCUACUUGACAGAGAAAUUAAAUAUCUUGUGACUAAAGUAAAAAUUUGGAGACCAAAACAAGAAACUGCGGCGAAUCAAACGAUUGAUAGUAAAACAGAAGAAAAUGAAGAAAAUGAGGAAUUUAUGUCUAAUACUGAAAAUGACAAAUUUACCGAUGAACAAAUUACAUCAGAUAAUGCGAAAGAACAACAAGAACCGAUGCUGAAAACGAUGGACGCUACACAAGAUCCAUUAGUUUUAUCAGAAAGCGAGGAACCACGAUUAAGUGAGGAGCAAGUUCCAGAAGAAAUACAUCAAGAACUAUAAGAAAUAAUUUAUUUAAAAAGAGUGUGUGAUUCUAUUUGUUGAUCGACGAUAUUUGUCGAUUUAGGCAAUUUCUGUAGAUUACCUUCAUCCAAUGCAUUUAAAAUCAAAGCAGGAAUUCUUAUGCAUUGCUGUGGUUGGAUAAAUUAUUCUAUGGAAGUGUGAAUACAAGUUGUUCUCUCCCAUUUAAUUAAUAAUAUGUAUUUAUAUCAAGAUAUUCUCAAUUCUAUUCAUUAUAUUAAAAUUAUUAAAAAAAUAAUUUUAUCACAGACUGUUCGCGAUAAUUAUGUUGUACAAGUGCCAAGCGAUAACACAGAUUCAAAUAUCUAAUUUAUUGAUACGAAAUUUGUUAUAAUUUAUUAAUUUACUAGGUACAAAAGAGAGUAUAGGCCAGUUCUAUGAAAAAUUUACUUCAAAUCCCUACAAUCUUAAAUUUUCGAACUUGCAUAUGAAAUAUCUCUUGCUGCAAGUAUAUCUUUUAUAUAUUAUUACAUACAGAGUUAUAAUAUAAGGCAUACUACAUAUUUGUUUGUAAAAAUACGAAUGAAAACAAAAUUUUUUUGCGUAUAUUUCCUAAAAAAUAAUAUUUUUUUCUUGUAGUAUAUAGUUUUAUAUGCUUGCAUCCAAGUAAUUUUCAGAAAAACUUAAUUGACUAUUUAUAUGUAUUCUAUAUUCUAUAUUAAAUUGUAUUGUUUUUUCUCAUAA